CACAAAGCUAAUUUGUACUACUCUAAUCUGCUAUUAUCUAUUAUACGAGAACAUGAUUAAUUUCUUGAUUCGGGCACUCCAAGCCUACUUCCAAACCUGCUAACACAUAUAGAAACCCAGACACCUCUACAUCUUCACAGACAAACACUUGCAGCUUCUCCCCGGUCCCCGUUCAGUGUCCAUGUUCAUGUCAACGAAUUAUAUCACCACAAAAACCCUCACCUUUAGCGGUCUCUUAGCAUAUUAGUGAUAUAUGCAUAACAACCCUAUAUCCACCUAUCAUUCUACUACUUACCCCGUGUGUCCUGCCGUUGCUGUUUUCCGACCCACCACCACCGUUGCCGUCUCGUCCUCUCCUCCAUCACUCAGAUUCUGCACUUUUUCCUCAUUUUCUUCAUCCAGGACUUCUGUCGAACACAUUGACUGUAAUGCUGAAGUUGAAGGAAUAUGGGAUUUUCCCAACUCUGGUGCCGCCACAGCUAAUGUGAACGCCUGGUCUGGAGCUGCUAUGCUCACGCCGUUGCUCGGAGCGUUUAUCGCAUAUUUAGCAUUAUCGACGAUCAUCGUUGCUCCGUUUCUUUAUGUUCUGUUUCAUCUAAAUCACCUCAAAGUUGGGGCAUAUAUCAUAAUUCAAAGGGCACCUUAUCAGAAACUAAUCCCAUAUAUGCUUAAAAGGAGGAUGAAGUUGCGCGUGCGACAAGGGAUAUCAGUUCUGAAGAUGUUUGAAAUUUGGUUUUGAAGAGGUGGAGGUUUAGAAGAAUCUCAAAUGUUCAAUAUAUUGUUCUUGCGCCAUCAAUGGAGUGUUACGAGGCUUAUUUGGCUGAUGGUUCUGAUGGCAGGCUUCUGUUAUUUCUGCUUCUGAACAAGUUACUGAGGUUAAAUUGCUGCUUGAGAAAGAGGUUUUCAUACGUAAACGUGCAGAAGAGGAACUUAAUAAUGUUAAAUAUCAACUAAUGCAACGGGAACGAUCAGAGGCAUCUGGAAGUUCUGAGAUAAUAAAGCUUCGAAAGACAUUGGAAAGUGAGAAACGGCAGAAAGAGAAACUUGAAGAAGAAAUAGCUAUACUGCAAAAUCAGCUAUUGCAGUUAAGCUUUGAAGCAGAUAAGUUCCCCUAGACGAGCUCGCAGCCCCCCGAGGAGAUCCCCUGUUCCUCGUAGACGUACUCUUUCUCCAAUGCGUAGACCUAUUCGUUCACGUUCUAGAUCAAUCUCCCCAUGGAGGUUCUGGAUACCAAUUGAUACAUGGUGCACAAUAGACUUCAAGUUGCCAAGAGUAUAGACGGGGUAUUGUUUUCCAAUGUUAGAAGGUAAAGAUCAUGGAACUGUGGUUUUCACCUACAUUAUGACCAUGGAAUUGAUAUAUAUACAUGGAAUUGAUAUAAUAGACUUCAAGGUGCCAAGAGUAUAGACGGGGUAUUGUUUUCCCAUAUUAGAAGCCAGGCUAUGGUGAGUAAAGAUCAUGAAAAUGUGGUUUUCACUUACAGUAUGACCAUGGAAUUGUUAUAAUUCUAAGCCAUGUAAAUCUAUUUGUUGGUCCCAAAUGUAAAUAACAUGCAGUGCAUUUCUCAUGAGUAAGUAAUAUUGUAUAAAAUUUUUCUUGGCACUGCUGUGGCGUAACUGGUGGCAAAAAUAAGGACCAUGUAUGCUGAAAGAGGAUUUAGUUGGCGAGUUGUUGAUCAAUCUUAGAAAUUAGUAUAUCUGUC